CACAUAGUCCAUCGGGAAAGGAGUAAUAACGGGAACACUGAGAAACAGGCGAGCAAUCAGCAAGAAAACUAAAGGACGAAUGGCGCACAUGGCUGGGAUUGUUUACGCGCUGGCUUCACUUCUGUUUGGGAUUUCUACCAGUAUUUCCACGCAGCGAAGUUAUCCGGCAAACCAAGUUACAUUGCUGGACUCCAGAUCAGUGCAAGGAGAACUGGGGUGGGUCGCGAGCCCGACGGAAGGAGGGUGGGAGGAGGUUAGCAUCAUGGAUGAGAAGAACGUCCCUAUACGGACAUACCAGGUGUGCAACGUGAUGGAGGCAAGCCAGAACAACUGGCUGCGCACGCAUUGGAUCGCACGGGGCCCUGCCCAGCGCAUCUAUGUGGAAAUCAAGUUCACCCUGCGUGACUGCAACAGCCUGCCAGGUGUAACGGGUACCUGCAAGGAGACCUUCAACCUCUACUACCAUGAGUCAGUUGCAGAUGGUGAGCGGGCGGUGCGAGAGAGUCACUUCGCCAAGAUUGACACAGUGGCAGCAGACGAGAGCUUCACGCAGGUGGACAUCGGCGACCGCGUCAUGAAGCUCAACACAGAAGUGCGUGAUGUGGGUGUGCUGACGCAUGAGGGCUUUUACCUGGCCUUUCAGGACGUGGGUGCCUGCAUCGCUCUGGUGUCCGUGCGUGUGUUCUACAAGAAGUGCCCGCUCGCUGUGCGCAACCUGGCACAGUUCCCUGACACAGUGACGGGAGCUGACACAUCGUCGCUGGUGGAGGUGCGUGGCUCGUGCGUGGACCACUCAGAGGAGCGAGAGGUGCCGAAGAUGUACUGCGGUGCCGACGGCGAGUGGCUGGUGCCCAUCGGGGGUUGCUUGUGCAAUCCUGGUUAUGAGGAACGAAACGGGCAGUGCCAAGUAUGCAAGCUGGGCUAUUACAGGUCCUUGUCUACUGAUGGAAGCUGUAGUAAGUGUCCUCUCCACAGCUACUCAGUGAGGGAGGGAGCCACAGCGUGUGACUGUGACAAAAGUUUCUACAGAUCUGAGACUGACCCACCAUCCAUGCCCUGCACCCGCCCCCCAUCAGCCCCGCAACACCUGAUCUCCAACGUGAACGAGACGUCCGUGCUGCUGGAGUGGAGCCCACCGGUGUUCUCGGGCGGACGCCAGGACCUCGCCUACAAUGUGGUGUGCAGGCGUUGUGCACGUGAGCCAGGCCGCUGCGGCCCGUGCGGCGACGCCGUGCGCUACUCACCCCAGAGGCUCAGCCUACGCUCCACCCGUGUGUCCGUGCACCAGUUACAGGCUCACACCAACUACACCUUCCAGAUCUGGGCGGUGAAUGGGGUGUCCAAGCUGGAGCCCGACCCUGAGCAAGCCGCCUCCAUCACGCUCACCACUAACCAGGCUGCUCCAUCGACAGUGAUGUCCGUCCAGAGUAAGGAUGUCACUCGUGACACUCUCACUCUGUUCUGGCAUGAACCUGAGAAGCCCAAUGGAGUCAUCCUGGAGUACGAGGUCAAAUACUACGAAAAGGAGCAGAAUGAGAGGAGUUAUCGCAUAGUGAAGACCGCAUCGCGUAGUGUAAACAUAAAGGAUCUGACCCCGCUGACAUCAUACGUGUUUCACGUUCGCGCGCGGACCGCUGCAGGCUAUGGAGACUUCAGCGCUCCAGUUGAGGUCACCACAAGUUCGGUGCCAUCCCCUUUGGUGGGAGAAGGCAUGAGUCCCACCAUGCUGAUGCUGUCUGUGGGCGGAGUCGGAGUCGCUCUCCUCAUCCUCGCUUGCACCUUCAUCAUCACCAAGAGGAGAGCCAAGUACAGAAAAGCCAAGCAAGACGAAGAAAAACGGCAGCCAGGAGUAAGGAUCUAUGUGGACCCUUUCACCUAUGAGGACCCCAACCAGGCCAUCAAAGAGUUCGCUAAAGAGAUCGAUGCUUCCUGCAUUAAGAUAGAAAGGGUCAUUGGCAUUGGAGAGUUUGGUGAGGUGUGCAGUGGUCGCCUGAAGUUUCCCGGAAAGCGUGAGAUCUGCGUGGCCAUUAAGACGCUGAAGGCAGGCUUCACAGAACAGCAGAGGCGGGACUUCCUGAGCGAGGCGAGCGUCAUGGGCCAGUUUGACCACCCCAACAUCAUCCAUCUGGAAGGCGUGGUCACAAAGUGCAAACCAGUUAUGAUCAUCACUGAGUACAUGGAGAAUGGCUCUCUGGAUGUGUUCCUCAGAAAGAACGACGGGCGUUUCACAGUGAUCCAGCUGGUGGGCGUCCUGCGGGGCGUUGCCUCGGGCAUGAAGUACCUGUCAGACAUGAGCUACGUGCAUCGUGACCUAGCUGCCCGUAACAUCCUGGUCAACAGCAACCUGGUGUGCAAGGUGUCUGACUUUGGCAUGUCCCGAGUGCUGGAGGAGGAGCCAGAAGGAGCAUACACCACCAGGGGAGGAAAGAUUCCAGUUCGCUGGACUGCCCCCGAGGCCAUUGCCUACAGAAAGUUCACCUCAGCCAGUGAUGUGUGGAGUUACGGCAUUGUCAUGUGGGAGGUGAUGUCAUAUGGCGAGCGCCCAUACUGGGAUAUGAGUAACCAGGAUGUGAUAAAGGCGAUAGAGGAGGGUUACCGCUUGCCUCCACCGAUGGAGUGCCCAGUGGCACUGCACCAGCUCAUGCUUGAGUGCUGGCUGAGGGAGCGUGCGGAGCGGCCCAAAUUCAGCCAGAUCGUCAACAUGCUGGACAAACUGAUCCGCAAUCCGGCCUCGCUCAAGCGGACCGGAGGGGAGAGCAGCAGGCCACGCCCAUCCAUGCUAAACCACACCCCCCCUGUAGAACAGUCCCUCUUGCUUGGUACAGUGGAGGAAUGGCUGAAGACUAUAGGUCUGGAAAAAUACAGAGAAAACUUCAUUACAGGUGGAUAUAGCAACUUGGAGAGUAUUAUAUACAUGAAUCAAGAAGAUUUGGCCAAAAUCAGAAUUUCAUCCAGCACACAUCAGAAGAAAAUCCUGAGUGGUCUCCAAGAAAUCCGAUCGGGAAUACAACAAAUGCAAGAGAGAAAGGUUCCCGUCUGAUCUGUGGCAGGGAAUAAAACUCACUUUUCAACCCAACAUGAAUGACAAUAUGAGGAAUGGAUAUGAUACUUUACUUAUUCAUGCACUUUAAAAUCGAUAUGGACAGGACAGAAGACAGUGGAAUAGUGUAACUUUUCCAUGGACUACCCUGCAUCUCCUGGAGAAUUGGCACUUGUCUAUGCCUGAACUUCCUUGCAGGUCCUUUGCAGCUGAGGAUUUCUCAUGUGGCCUAUUGCCAAUACUGAAAGCUGGUUACUGAACCUCUUGAGGCUUAUGAGAUGCAGAAAAAGAUACUGAUAUAGAUUCUGGAUGUUGACACUUCUCUGAAUCUGCCACUGGCUCUAGAGACUGCCAAGGUGUGAUUUAGACUGUGAGGUGCAUUCCUUUUGAGUGCUGAAUUUUUUUAUUUUUUUUUUGGUUUUGUUUGAGAAAGGAAAGCAACAUCACCCCCUCAGGUCAUCAUCUGAAUGGCACACUUGUCAAUGGAUACAAGUAAUUCCUCUGUUCGCUUGCUCCAUCAAAUUCAAAAUUUAAUUUCUACUGGAGUAUGUGACUCAGGAUGCAAAUAAUUUGAUUUAAUAUAUGUAAUUGACUUUUCGUCUCCUGGACUUUUGAGUACUGUUUUUAGAAAGCAUGGUCAUCAUUUCAAAAACAUUACAAGUUCAUCCAUGAACAAACAGGCAAUAUGCAGCUCACUAGGACAGGUGAAUACAGGUAUGCUGAGCUCUGAAGUGACUAGAGUCUACUUUUACUUCAGUUUCUUAGUAAGAAUUAUGUACAGAAAGAAAUUCCUAAGCAGUUGUCUCUCUGUUUAAUUUUUUAUAUUUAUUUCCCUUUCUUGCAGCAUUAUGCCACGUUUAAAGAGUUUCCUCUGGCUCCAUAUUGUUCAGUGAUGAGACUACAGUGAGACGUUCUGAGAAAUCAUCAAUUAUCAUCUUGCUAUUACACUGUAAUUCACCAGUGGACAUCUACAAAUGUUAUACAUUGUUUUUCCAAAGACAUAUGAAGGUUAAAGUCGAAACACUUGAAAGGAGAUUCUCAGUUCACAUUUAUUCAUUCAGUUUAAAAUGUACCUAAAAGAACUGAUUUGAUUUUAUAGCAACAGUGUGCUGGUCUUGGCAUUUAUAGUUAAUAGGUUUUAGAGGUAAAUGUCCCCAUUGGAAUAAGAGCGGGGCUGCAAUAUAAAAACAUGUACUUAAACCUAAAAAUUAGAACAAAAUCAGUUCUUAAUAUGGUGACUCUUUGUAAGGAGGAUUCUUUGAGUUUUUGAGGGCCAAAAUUAGAAUUCCAAAAAGUCCAUUUAUAUGCUCCUUAAAAGUGAUGUAGAUAAAAUCACAUCAAAAUCCCCAGUGCCCUUGAUAUGUUUAUGAAAAAUUGUUCCUCAACAAGUUAGCUAUUUCACAAACCCUUUCAGGUGUUUCCAUCCAGCGUUUAAGUAAUUUCAUCAAUCCAACUUGUUUUGGUAAGUUUGCCCACUAAAUCAUAUAUUUUAUAAGCCAGUUUGCCUUAAAAGGUGUUCACAAAGAUUAAGCCUAGUUCUUGACUGGAAUUGGACAGGUUAGUGUAUUUCAAGGCCCUCACUAAGGAUGCACUAAACAGUUUA